CACGUUACUGUUGCAAUGGCCAAUCAGACUUCUGUUUUUCUGGAAAUAACAAUACGUAGUGGAAGAUGAUUGGCUACUGCGUUGUUUCACACGUAUAUACCGAGAUGUAUGUGCGUAUGUUUGUAUCUCUUUCUUUCCCCCGCCCCUCUCCUUUCUCCUUCUUCCCUCUUCCAUCACUUCUCCUUUUAUUAUACUUUCUAGAGUAUUUUAUAUCCAUAUUCCAACGAAAAGUAAUAAGGCUUUAUAGCUUCUUAUGAUGCCCUUCACCUUAUAUUGUGCAUUUAAUCAUGCGAGGAACAAAUAAUCGGAUAAAAUGUACGAAUCGAUCUGUGGUGCAAAAUUUAUCCGCAAAGAGCUUUAAAUGAACGAGGAAUAUUACGUUAACGUGUGCCACAAUACAUAUAUAUAAAUAAACGGAAUAUUUUCCAUUAAAAUGUUUCCUAGUAUCCAGAAGAAGGACUGUAGAGUCCUGGAUUUAGUACGUCAAAGAGAGAUACAAGAUUCAGUGACACAUACAAUUCUACAAAAGCUGCAUGUUACUGAAAACUUAAUAUCACGUCUUGGUUUGGAAAAGGAAUUGAAUGGUCACUCGGGAUGCGUCAAUUGUUUAGAAUGGAAUGAAAGUGGACAAGUCCUCGCAUCGGCAUCGGAUGACAAAGACAUUAUAUUGUGGGACCCUUUUCGUUAUGAAAAAAAAUUGGUACUUCAUUCGGGCCAUCGUGGAAAUAUUUUCUCUGUAAAGUUUAUGCCAAAAUCAAAUGACAGUGUACUGGUGUCAGGUGCGGCGGAUUGCAGGAUUCGGGUGCACGAUCUCAUGCUCUCCGAACCGAUAUUCACAUGUAAAUGCCACAAGCAGCGUAUCAAGCGUAUCGCUACCGCUCCCAGUAUACCAUUUUUAUUUUGGAGCGCGGGCGAGGAUGGUCUCUUUUUGCAAUAUGACAUUCGUACGCCACACGUAUGCAAGAGUACGGAUCACAGCGUACUCGUGAAUCUGGUAUACCAUACGGGUUGUUACGCAGAGGGCAAAUGCAUCGCUGUAAACCCGAGGAGACCCGAACUGAUAGCCAUCGGCGCUAACGACGCUUACAUUCGGAUGUAUGAUCGACGAAUGAUAAAACUCUCGCAGGUUCCACCAUCUCCCUCCAUACAUGAUACGUCGAAUGGGGCAAAUAUCAGCACAUAUCGAGCAGGCAAAGGUGAUCCGGAUGAUAAUAUUCCACUGGGUAGCGCGCAGUACUUUAUCGCGGGUCAUCUCCGCUCUCGUGACGGUACCAGGAGUAUUACGACCACCUAUUUGACAUUCAGUGACGAUGGAAAUGAGCUACUUGUGAACAUGGGUGGAGAACAGAUUUACCUGUUCGACAUCAACGAUCCGAACAAUUCGAAAACAUUUUUCGGUUCAUCAUGGAAAUAUCCAGGAUCGUUUGAGCGAGAUCAAAAACUUGAUGAGUCGUGCGUGAAACAGAACGACGUAGAUGAUACGGGAGAUUUUGUAGACAAAAAUGUUAAGGUAUUGCCACCGCAUGUUGAAGAAAUAAAGCGCCUAGCAAACGAGGGUUUUGAGCAACAGAAAUAUUCACUAGCGAUUAAUUUGUAUAAUAAAGCGAUCUCAAACUGUCCAACGGCAGCGGUAUUGUUCGCUAAUCGAGCAGCUGCUUAUAUGAAACGCGCUUGGGAUGGCGAUAUUUACGCUGCUUUACGUGAUUGCAAGACAACAUUGCUUCUCGAUCCAGAACACGUGAAAGCUCAUUUUAGAUUGGCACGUUGCUUGUUUGAUUUAAAUCGAUCGAUUGAAGCUGAUAAGGUGCUCAAGAAUUUUCAACAAAAAUUUCCAGAAUAUGCGUCCAAUUCAGCAUGCAGAGCAUUGAAGAUGGACAUAAAAGAAGCUAUCGAUGCCGGUAAAGAUAUCACGCAAACCAGGCAGACAUUUCUUCCGCUAUCGGAGUAUGAGCAAGAAUGGAGACGCAAUACGAUCGACUACAAAAUGAGAUUUUGUGGUCAUUGUAAUACUACGACCGACAUAAAAGAGGCAAAUUUCUUUGGAAACAAUGGUCAAUAUAUAGUGGCUGGAUCGGAUGAUGGUUCCUUUUUUAUUUGGGAUCGUAAUACUACCAAUAUCGUACGCGUGUUGCGAGGAGAUGAAAGAAUCGUUAAUUGCUUACAACCACACCCAUCUAUGUGCUUGUUAGCUACCAGCGGCAUUGAUCCAGUAAUCAGAUUGUGGAGUCCAUGGCCAGAGGAUGGUAGUGUGAAUGAAAGAGAAAUUCAGAAUCUAGAUGACGCCGCGUCAGCCAAUCAAAUACGCAUGAACAGUGAUCCAUUUGAAUUAAUGCUCAUGAACAUGGGAUACAGAUUUCCCGUUCCCCAGCACGAAUUUAGCGACGAGGACAGUGAGGACCAGCAUGAUCAACCAAUAGCACCAGCUUUAAAUUGUAGACCAAGCUAAAUUUUGCAAGAGACACACACACACACAGAGAAAGGAUUACGUAUUAACAGUGGCUAGAUACGUGAGAAUUUAUCUCAACAUGCGUAUUAUAAUCUGUCACACUGUUAUUUCAAUCUUAAUUAUUUAUUUUCUUCUUUCACGGACAUGUCUCGAAGCACUUUUGUUGUAUAAUAAUCUAUCAAGCCAAAGCAUCUUGACAAGAUCAAGGGCGAAAUAGAAUCUUAUUUGCCAGGCGUUGUGGAUAUAUAUUGUUAAGAAAUGCGAAAAACUUGAACAAGAAUUAUUAUAUUUCAAGAUUCUUAUAAGAUGUAGUUAAUAAUAUAUCAUGUUAUAUCUCUUUGUAUAAAA